CAGUGCUGCUGCCUUCUGCAGGUUGGCGAAGAUGCGAAGGGAAACCGAGCAUCAGAUGAAGGUCCACUUGUUCUACCAGCAGCUCCUGAGCGAAUCUGUGUGGGGGCCACUGGACCUGCUCAGUCUGGUGGCAGCAAGCGUCUCGAACCCAUCUGACACAAUCUUCUGGAAGGCAGCCCUCUUGUUGCCAAGUGAUCAUGAAAGAGAUGCCAGUGUUGCUAACCAGAUUUUGACAGAAUGGCUGGAGUCCAAAUUCGGUAACUCGGAGAAGCAAGAACACAGGGAGAUGGUCCCCAACGGACACAUGCAAACCUUGAGCAUCAGCAGCGGCCUGCGGAGCGUGGGGGAGCGCAUGCACACAGUGCACGUGUGUGUGAAGGUGGCCCGCGGGCCCCUCAGCGAGGAAGGCCAGUUGGCAUUGGAGAAGCGGAAGGGGCUGAUGGGCAUGGGCGCCCUGCUGAUGCUGCUGCCCUCGGCAGUCAGUCCCGGGGCUGAUGAGGAAGACGGGGACAUCUUCCUGUUAUCCGCCCUGCUGCAGCUCCGGCAGAUCCAGCAGGCUAAUGCCUGGCCACAGGCCCUUCCUCUGGUGGUGGUGGUCCCAGGGCAGGCUGGGCACAGGGCCAGCGAUGAACGGCUAGAGGAAGGUGUGACACUAACCGUGUCUAUGACAACAGACCUGAUGCUUCAGACACUCAUUGAGGAAGGUUUGAUUUCAGAGUACAUGUUCGUCCAUAUCCCCGAGACCACGAACGAACCCCAAGGAUCCGAGCAGAUCCGCCAUGCCGUCAGGUGGCUCGCUGCCCGCUCCACGGCACCAGCCCGGCUCGUCUCGCAGACGUUGGUGCAGGUUGUGGAGGCCGGGCUCUGCCGCGAGUUUGCUGGUAGGCUUCACCGUGAUCGGAGGGACCGUGACAUGGCGGGACUGCCCUCCCAGGGCCCUGCACCCGUCAUCGGCCUCUACAACACUGUCCUGGCUUUCUUGGCUGGCCUUGUGUCGUCCCCGAGUCUGGCUGGCCUCUCCUGGCCCGUGGCAGAGUUCUCGGUGCCAGGGGGUGGUGACUGCCUACCACAUCUGCUCUGGAACUCGGCUGAGCACCUGGAGUGGCUCCAGGGGGCAGUCCUGAGCCUGCGGCUGCCCGACUGGCCGCUGCCAGCCGUGGGGGCUCCUUGGAGCCAGCUGGUUGCCUCCAUCUUCCAGUACGUAUCUCAAAUCCCAUGGUCCCGCCACAGCCAGCCACUCCUUAUGUCCCAGUUGGAGAACCUUUUGGAGAGGCUGCGUCAGGACUGUGUGGGCCGAGGUGGGGGGCCGGACAAGGAGCCCACUUUCUGGGAGGUGCCCUGGGACGAAAUUGUCAUGCUCUGUGUAGAGCACCAACUCCGGGACUGGAACCCUCCUGGGUGCCCCGUGAGUGAAGAUGUCAUCAGUGACGACGGAGAAAUCUCGGUGUAUUUCCUGAGCGAUGGGCUGCAGGGCUUCAUACCGCCGUCCUGCUGGGUGGAUGCCGUAAAGCAGACGCACAGGGACAAGCAGCAGGGGAAGGCAGGGUGUCACCAGAGCAUGUGGCCUCAUCCUCGAAUGGCCAGGCCACGUCUUCAACAGAAGCUGUUUCACAGCAUGGUUGAGGACCCUGAGUCCGGAUCCGGUGUUGCCCCUGUUUUGGAUGCUGCCUCCAGCCCCCAGGACCUCCUGGCUCACAUUGAGGAGGAGAAAGAACAGAGCCGCAGGUUCGAGGACCAGCUGCGUACCUGGCUUGACGUCGAGUCCCUGGGCCCUUCCUCUUCCUCCUCACCACUUUUCUUGCCUUCUUCGUUACUGUCUGUACCGGAGAUCGUAGUGCCCUCCCCAAAGAUGGCUGCCCCACCUGCACUUGCCCUGCAGAAGGAGCGCAGUGUCCGCAGUGACCAGGCCAGGGGAGCUGCCAGUUUGUAUAUUUCCGCAGAUGUGACACAGGCACGGAUAUAAUCUCCCAGGCCGAAGGACGCCGAAAUCUACCGCGCUGUAAGAAC